GUUAAAGACCACAGCCUGCCCAUGCUAGAAGAGACUCUGAAAUUAUUUUCCUACUUCAAGACCAUGUUAUUGCCGCUGCAGUGCCUUCAUCAAUUGAACCAACACAAGACCCUUUCGUAGUUGCCGUUAGACCCCAAACACUCCUGCCAACUAUUUCGUCGCCGCUCCCCUCGCACCAGUGCCCCGGACAGAACUUGUUCGUUGGUUACUUCCCCAUAUUCCAACCGCUCGCAAUUCCAAGUUCGCCUUUGUUAUUAGUAUUAGUCAUGCCAGGCCGCCUUCUUGCGUUUGUCAGGGCGCCGUCGUCAUCGCCAAAGUCCGACCACCAAAAAUUAGACAAGCAUCAAAAGGACGUGAUACCCCUCUUCCCGCCCGUCUACUCUGUCAAUCCCCCGCCCCUUCACAAAGCAUCACAAGAGUCUCUCGUCAUGGAUGCCUUCAAGCGCCACAGCCUCGGAGGAAGGCAUCACGCAGACAAGAAGAGCCCUAAGGUUGAGCCUCAGCAGCCCGUCAGAAUGGACAUGCUCGUAGAGUCGCCACCCCUCGUUUUCUACAACAGCCCGCAGACCUCUACAGGUGCACUCUUUUCUGGACAACUUAAAUUGGAUGUCUCCGAACCUCAUGUCACCCUUGAGAAAUUCGAAAUGCGCCUGCUCGCAACUGUUACGACGAAAAAACCCGUCGUUCAGCACUGUUCUGAAUGUUCCACUCAAAUCACCGAGAUUCACAAAUGGGAUUUCCUUAAAGCGCCAGUAUCCUUAAGGCAUGGCAUGCACGCGUACCCUUUCAGUCAUCUACUACCUGGAUACCUACCUGCGACCACGCAUGGCUCUCUUGCAACCCUCGACUACUCUCUAUCCGUCGUAGCAACUACCUCCACUGGCGACAACAUUAAAUAUGGUCGCCAGAUCGAUAUCAAGCGAGCCAUCUUUCCGGGAAAUGAGAAGCACUCGAUUCGGAUCUUCCCUCCUACGAAUCUCACCGCAGCGUUGACCCUGCCUCCGGUCAUCCAUCCCAUUGGCGACUUCCCGAUCGAAAUGCGCCUCUCAGGUAUCGUGACUAACAAGAACGACUCGCAAACGCGAUGGCGACUGCGCAAACUCAACUGGCGCAUUGAAGAAACUCACAAAUUCGUAUCCCCAGCCUGCGCCAAGCACACGUCGAAGGUUGGCGGAGAACGCAAAGGUAUCCUCCACGAGGACGUCCAUGUCAUCGCCAACGAGGAAGUCAAACAUGGCUGGAAGACCGACUUCGACCAAGGCAACAUCGACGCCGAGUUCCGCGCCGCCUGCAACAUGUCCUUGAAGCCAGUGUGCGAUAUGGACAGCCCCAACGGAAUGGAGGUGAAGCACAACCUAAUCAUCGAAAUGGUUGUCGCUGAGGAGUGGGCUCCACUAAAGAAACCCAACCAAGCCACGCCAACAGGUGCAGCCCGUGUCCUACGCACACAGUUCCACCUCGUCCUCACUGAACGUGCGGGUUUGGGAAUUUCAUGGGAUGAAGAGCAACCACCAAUGUAUGAAGACGUUCCAGCAUCCCCGCCUACUUAUGUCGACGACUACGACAUCGCCCAUCUAGAUGACGAAGCCAGUUCACUGAAUAUUUGAGUGGGCAUAAGCGUCGACCGUCCGUUUGAAUCGAAUCUUUGAUAUUCCCGUAACGGCCUAUCAGCCACGAUUUCCUUUGUGUAGAGAAAGUCUUGCAUUAAACGGUUGGUUGCGGAGGAUAUACCCGAAAUUAUUAUUCAGUACAUACAUAUUUCUCAACUCUUAGCAGCUUUGCAAGUAGUGCAUCCCAUUUUGUAACUUAGGGAUAGCGAUUGAUACUGGGUUUUCGGAACAGAAAUAGCGAAACAGCGUGGAGUUACAUGGAGGCUGGUUUCCAUACGUGGCUUGAGUUGAGCCCGGUGCAGCUGGAGCUCCUCAUUGUGGAUUAAUUGGGAAUCUAGCAUGGUGUUGGCGGAAAAGCGUGUCUUGGUUACCACCAGCCUAUGCAACUUAUCGAGUAAUUCUUAGUGUGAGUGGAAUCUACAAUUUCUGCUCCUAAUGGUUCAUCGUACCAUUCUAUUCA